AAACAAUCGAGGAGGAGGAAAGGCAGGGGCAAGGCGUGCGUUGCGAUUCUCCGGGAACUUCCGACACUAUUUAGCCUCUCCAGCAUGACUAGAAUCAGCACUGAGGAGCUGACUCUGUAAGAUGACGGAAACGCUCCUGUUUCUAAACGGGCAGCCGGUGAUUUUCACAAGUGAUGGCACAGAGUCCCUUGUCCAGAGCAACAGCCCUCUGUCAUCAGGGGCUCAGAGCCAGGCAGUGUCACAGUAUAUUAAAGAUAUCAAGGAGGAGCUCUAUGAACCGCAGGUGGAAGGAGAGGAUGCCACCAUGCCAGUGGAGAACAGAUUGGAGGAGGGGUUGGCCAGUAACGUAGCUCCUACUGCAGUGCAGGUGCAGGUGGACGGCAAGGAGGUGCCAGGGUUCAUGCUGGCUGGCCAAAAUGUGAGGACUGUGAAUACAGUGGUGGGGCAUUCUAUCCCCAGUCAGGGUAAUAGCUAUGAACUGCUGAGCUCCAUCAAGAGUGAGUGCGGCCCCAACAAUGAGGAAUCCUCCGAAAAUGAGGCAGCAGAGUUCUUGCAGCUCCAUGAUCAGCCUGCACAGACAGUUCUCAGGAAAGAUGGUAGUUUUACAGGAGAGGGAGAAGGAAGCUGCAGAAAUGAGGUCUUUGCAUUAGGGACUGGUGGUGAACUUUUGCCUCAGACGCAGGUAGAGAGUAAUUCUGUGAUUGGGAAUGGACUCGGCAACACCCUUGGCCUGCAGAACAUCGUGAGGCUCCCUCUUAUGUCAUCAAAUGUUGACACUGUGGCACAAACUGUAGCUGGUACAAAUCCUGAUGGUGAGCAGCAAAGGAACAUGAACACUUUUGUAGCCAUCAUCCAGGGAGAAGAUGGCAACACCCAGACAGUGGAACUGUCACAAGAGGAGGCCUGCCGUCUCAAUCUGCUGGGUGGCAAUGGGGCAACCCAGCAAGUGGUGCAUCAGUCCCCUGUUAAGGUGGAGGAUGCUGGUCCUCCACACACAAGUGUCCAGACUCAUGAUAUGAAUCAGAUGGUCAAAAUGGAAGGAGAGAAUGAAUAUUCUGGCAGAGUUUCUCCUGGAGUGUUGCCAUUGGACUCGGUUGGAGGAAAUGUGUCCUCUGAGGCUUCAAGCAGUGAUGCUGAUGUGUCCCUAGAGCCUUUCCUUCUCAUCCCAGAGUAUGGUGCAGAUGGUAGCAUUUCCAUGCUGAGAAUUCAUGGCUCAGACCCAGAGCCCCAACAGAAGUCAGAAAUGAAUCCUGUGUCCUUUGAUAACCAGCCGGUGGAGCCUUCACAUGUGGCAGAGAAUUCUCCUCCACCAGAAGCCCCGCAGAUGUUCCCUUGUCCCAGCCAGAAUGUGCACAAGAUCACAAUACCAACAAGCACGGCUCAGCCAGUCAAGCGGUCCUCCAACAAGCACAAAAACAUUGACUGGAAGACGGUGACGCCCCGAUUCCGAAGUCUGCCAAGAGUCCCUGGCAGCAUGUAUCUGAGAGACAUUGCCAAAAGAACAAAGUUCAGAAAUCUGACAUCCUUUCUCAACACUAAACAUCCUUCUCAGAAAGCAAAUGUUGUAGAGAAGGAGCCGGAAGUGAGGGAAGUCAGUGUCCCUCAUACACACACCAUCACGCAGCCUAGCACAUAUCACAUCACUGUCCCUGGAUUACCCAAUGCCACAGCAAAAAUCUCAAUACCUGGCCUUAUAUCAUCUUCCUCAUCAAACCUCAUCUCAUCCUCAACAUCGGGAAUGUCACGGGGCUCCAACAUGAGACUUAUCUCAAACCAAACGUCCCCACAGGUCAUGGAAGCAAAAGCCAUGCCACUUAAGUCGGAAAAUAUACCAAUCCGGUUGUCCCUGCAACCUACACACACAACUCCCACAAUACGCACGGGCCGCUUGUCAACUCUGACCAGGGAGCCAGAACCAAGCAAUGGUCGGGCCCUUACCAUCAAGGUGAGCACAGGCCCCAUCAAUGGCUCUGUAGCAACAAACACUACCUCAGCUUCAACUUCACAGCCUGCUAUCAGAUGUGCCGCAGAAUCUCCUGAAAGCGUUGUGGGUGCAAGUCAGUCGACUCCAGACUCUCCAAGCUUAACAUCCAUCGUGUACUGCUCUUCAGGGGGAGACGAUACCCCCUUCACUGUCCAUCUUCCUGGUGGUGACAAUACAAAACCUCUUGGGUCCAGUGAAAACCCAAUCCAACUUGUGCAGCAGGGCAACACUUUCCAAGCACUCCAGCCGGUGCAAGAGAGGCAACUCCAGCAGAUAACAUCCCUUCUGCAGCAGAGGCGCAUCACUGCUCCUCCUACAACGCACCAUGAUGAGAUAUAUGACCCAAAGACCAACAUGAAGAUUGUUUAUAAGGUUGUUUACCCAGAGGACAUUGUCCACCUAAAUGAUGACGAUGAUGACAAUGAUGAUAUCAUCUGGGAAGACAGCCUAGAUGACAGCCACUCUGAGAAACGCCGUGGCCGGAAGCCCAAAGAUUGGCGGAAGGCCAAAUUGGUGGAUGAGGGGGAUGAUGUGGACGUAGAAAUCUUAGAGGAGAGGGAAGGUCGGAAGAACCACAUUUCACGCACAAGAUCAGGUCGCAUCUCACGGCCUCCAAGGCACAUGAUGAAGGACUUCAAGCACCUCCACCCUAUCAACUUCAAUGACGAUGACAAAGACAAAGAUGCGCCUAGCAUUGGCUACUCAGACUACAAUGUCCAGAACCAGGUGGAGAGUGAGGAGAAGCCCAUAGAGCCAGUGAUAUUUGAACUGCCACCCCGGAAGAAGCGAGAGGUGCCUCCGCUGACGCGUCUUCGUUACACGUGCCUUACCUGUGGGAAGCUGUACAUGGGGCGGAUAGAGGCCCACUACCGCAAGUUUCCCGAUCACCGCCGUGAGCGCCCUCUUGCCACCAGUGAGAUUCAGCAGUCCUACUCUACCAUCAAGGCCCUCUCAGACACUGCCAAACCCGGUGCUGAGGAGGGGGGGGAAGUUAAUAAAUCGGUGCUAAGCCCCACACCUGGUACACAGGCCUCAGAGACCAGUGGUGAGCCCAGCCUCCCCAUGGAAACCCUCACUACCAGGCCCCUUGAAGCAGACACUAGCCACCAUAUCAAGAAUGAGCCCAGUUCGGAGGUGCCAGAAUUCUUGCCAACACCCGAAGUCAUUCCUGUGAAGCCAGUGCGAGGCAGGGGCAGGGGCCGCAGAGGACGUCGUGGCAGAGGUAGAGGAGGAAGGUUUGGUGCUCUUGGAAAACCUCCUUCUUCAUCCACCAAGCCACCUCCUGCUCCACCACCUUCAGCAAUCUCCAUGUUGGAAAAGAUUUUGGGAGGCUACAGUGGAGAGGAGAUCCUUCAAGCUGUGGGCAGGAGGCUGCUGGAGACCCUGAGUCCAUGGCAGCUGCUGUGCUUCCAGGCCAAGAGGUUGGAGGAAGAGGGAGAGCUCCAAUCGUGGCAGGGACGAGUGCAGUAUCUGGAACAGCUCCUUCAAGAGUGUAAGGAUGAAUUCAAUAGGGAGCUGCGCCACUUCUCUGACCCUGUGAUCGAGGGGCACCUGUUGGCAAGUCCCCUCGCCCUGACCUCUGCCCCAGAGGUACUGAAAUUCUCUGACUCCAAAGCAGAUAAGGAAGUGGGCAGAAAGAUGAGUCAGGAGACAGAAAAUGGUCUGCAGACUGUACAAGGAGAGGGGGUGAUAGACAGCAUGAGUUUUGAGGGUGCAGGAGCUCAAGAAACAAGUGCUAAUGUUGAUGCAGAUAUGGACAAUUUAAAGAUAACUGAAAUCCUUGCCAAUGCUCUGGGUGUGGCCAGUGGGUUCUACAAACUUCGUGAACAAAAUUCCUCCUCCAAAGAAGCCUCAGAGGUAGACCCCAGUCCAGAUUUGGGGGAGAAGGGAAAUAUGACAGAGCAGACACAACAGGGAACGAAGCACAAGAUGGAGAGGGAUGACAUGACUGCUCUCUCUCCCAUCAAGAGGAUGCGAAUGGAUGUCACUGAGUGUGAAGAAGGUGGCAAGAAUGUGGCCGCAUCUACCAUGGAGAGCAGCUGUGAGGAUGACAGGCAACAGAUAGAGGCUUGCAUCAGGAAUUCUGAGGAGAACCAUAAUGAUGGAAGUAUGGAUAAACCUUUGGACAGUUCAGAACAACAUCUUCCCUUGUCCCCGUAUACCAUAACUCCCCAGAUCUCACCCAUGUCUAGUCUCACCUCAACUUCUGCUGUUCUCCAAACAUCUAUGCCCUCAGCUUCAUCAACCAUAAACACAUCUGCUGGAUCCACAACGCUGUCUACUGCUCUCACAGCUUCGAACUUCAACCUUCCACUAAAUAGUGUAAGUGGUUCUGUGAACAGAACACCACUCACAGAAAACCAGACAGCUCCCUGUGUCACAGUGCACACAUCAGCAAUGACCAGUACCACAGCAAGCUUGCCCAUUGAAGUUGCUAGUUUUACCAGUCAGAGCAACAGCUCAGUGCCAGCUAUUUCUUCUUGCAUGCAGAUGCCCACCAUGGAAGCCUCCCUUGUCACCACAUCUGCUUUGCCCCAAGAGACUCCCAUGCAGCAGAUGCCCAUGGGUGACCUGGACAUCACAGCUGAUGACCUUCCCCGCCUGCUCAGUGAGGGCACAGGGCUGGUAGUGGGUGCAGGGAGUGAUGGAACAGAUGCCUGUGAUGCACCAAAACUCCUUGAUACUUCAGGAGAUACUACUGAUCUGAGUGAGAUGCUUUUCAAACUGCAGGAGGUGACAGCAAGUAUUGGGCAGACCCAGGACCCGAACCUAGAACAACCAGUGUACCAGGGACCCAUUAUGGCCACUAAUCACCAGCUUAAUGGGGAUGGCACACAGAUGAUGACUUCACAGAGCAUGAAUGCACAGAGUGACAUUACCCUGACCACCCAAGGCUUUAACCCCAUGGCCCAGCCCAUGAUCACGUAUUCCACCUCAGGCACCUCCCAGCCCAGUGCUCAGCCCUCCAUGCCCCUUCUCACCUUCUCUGGGGCUCUGGAAUCAGACACUGACUUUCAAAGCACUACAUCCUCUGACAUGAGCCAGCCCAUCAGCAGCACUGCCCCAGAGUGUGUGGCAAAGCAACCGCAGAGAGAUGGCACCAAUCAGGACGUUAGCAUCACGCAACCUGAGAUUAGCUUGGGGGAUGAGCGAGAGAGGAUGGGCCUUGGGUUCACAGUGUCAGAGUUUGAGGAACUUCUGAAGAGAUAGUGCACAUAGAGCAUUCAGGAGAACACACAAUGUUGGCUUUAAUAAGUAAAUAAAACCCUUUAGUUAAUUGAUGAAAUUCUAAUGUUUUGAAAAGGAGAGAAAAAUGAUCAUUUUACCAUGUAUAAAUAGUGUGCCCAAGCAGUAUCACAAAGUUUUCAUUGUUAAUAUGUGUAUAUGUGAAUGCAUUAAGAAUAUGCUUUGCCAAAUAUUAUUGUACAUUUUAGAUACAAAACUUGUGAACAACGGAUAUAUUCCUUCAUAUAACUGAGUAUAUUUUAGUUGUCUGAGUGUAUCAUUAACAUCUUCCUUGUGUCAAAACCUUUCAGAUAUAUAUUUAUAGCUUCUAAAUGUUCCAUUAUUUAUUGUCAUUCAUCUCUGACCAGGAAGUUUAUUUCACAUUUUGACCACAACAUUCAUUUAAUUGAACAAAAAAAAAUCUUCAAAAAAAGUAAAAAAAAAUAUAUAUAUAAAAUAAAUAUAUACGUGUCAAAUCGUUUCCAACUCUUUUUUGCAUUGUAUAGAUACAAAUAUUAUGAUAUUCCACAUUCCACUUCCACUGAUCAUUUUCAUAUUUAAGUGUAUUGUUUAACUCCUUGCAUUUCUGCUGCUGUUCCCCAAGUAGUGUGCAGGAGUUAUUGUUCAAUGGUUCUUAGGCUGGAUUUCAAGAACAAGGAAAAAUUAUGAAAUUUUUGGAUAGCUGUAAGAAAAAAGUACUGAUGUGAUGUUAAAAAAAAAGACAUUAUGAUUAAGAUGAUGUACGUUUAAAGCCUUGUUCUCUCAAGAUGUGUAACGAGUGAAUAGUACAGAAUGAGGUUUCGGACUUUGUAGAAUUCGUACAGACGUUUAAAUUUCUUUGUAGAAUUCAUACAGAACAUUUCAAUUUCUUUGUAACCUUUAGUACCCAAAGCAUUGAUGAGAUACUGUAUACAACUAUUCCAUUGCAAAGUAUGAAGCUUCAAUGAAAAAAAAAAAAAAGUGCUAAUAUCUGAUUAUGAUUAUGCACUCCUGUAACACACACCCUUUCCCCAAUUUCUAGUUCAUAUAGGUUGUAAUCAAACAGUACUAGAUAUUUGUCUCCAAAGGUUUUGAAGUAGCCCUUACGGCUCGGAAGCCCCUCCCCCCAUGUGGAAUGAUAAUAAAUAAGAAAUUGGGAAUUAGAAUCUUGAAUGUUAUGCUUAAUGUAGAAUCAACCAAAACACUUGUCCAAGUUGCUGAAUAGAGAUUUGCCCCCUAACUGAAACUGUUUUAAGUAUUUAGAUUAAUUUUUAAUGGUGAAAAAUACUGAAAAUAUACAAAAAAAUAUUCUAAAUGUCCCAGUAGGUGGAAGUGUUUGGUUUUUGUUGUAAAGAUGUCAAGAUAUGUGAGAGAGAAAGGGCAUUCAAUCAGUCACAAAAGUAUGUGCAAAUAAGCAUUUAGUGAAGCAGUGCACAAAACUUGUUAAACAGAUAGCCAGGUAUUCUGACCUGUAUUGAAAGAAUAUACGUUGUUUUAUGUAUUAUUUAGUUUAGUUUAUACCUGAAGCAGAUCCUUAAAAGAGCUUCUGAACCCAGGUUAUACUUCUUAAAAGGACAAAAAAUAGAGUGAGAACAAUCUAAGGUUUGUGCCAAGGUUCUUUUAAAUAUUGCCUACUUUUUAAUGUGAAAAAAGUCCGUUUCAUAAGCAUGAAGUUGAGGUAACAUAAAGAGUUAAUCUGUAUUUAUUACCAUAUUAUGGAAGACAUUUAAGGAGAGAUGAAAAGCAUGUGUAGAAAACUGCAUAAUGUUUGUAAAGUACAUAAUUGUUAAAGAACAACAAAAGGAAAAUUCAAAAGAAAACUGAGGUUACAGCAAAUAGGGGAGAGAGAGAGAGAGAGAGAAAGAAAGGAAGUGAGAGAAAUUAAUAAUUAUGUUCCUUUGUUGGCCUCUUGUUGAAUGAAUGCCAUAUGGAAGAAUUUGUGUGAUUUCUGUUACUUAGGAAAUGUCUGCCUGUAUAAAAAUAAAGAGAGAGAGAAAA